GAUUUCAAGUAAAAUUUUCAUCAUUCAAUUUUCCGUUUCUUCAGUUUUAGUGUACUUCACUGUCUUGAAACUGCUUCCGGGGAUUAAAACAAAAGUAUGUUUAGUCUGUCAACAUGCCAGACAUUGUAUAUCGUCCAGUUAAAUUCAAGAAACAAUUAUGUUUACUUUAAGAUAAGAUGGACAAAGGUGGACUUGGCCUACUAGCAACUUUAUAUCAGUAUAUUUCGGUUUCACGUGAUUAUGUUGCGCAGGUCUGGAAACCACAUUUGCGCUUUCGCUGUUCUAGUGAGGACAGUAUUACUUUGCUCUUACAGUAUCUGCAGCAGUCGUUUAUUUUAAGUUAUAUACAUGCCAUACGUGUUGUAAUUAUGAGUGAAUUCACGACCUUCACUGAGGGAGAGUUCUAUGAGGGGCAUUUUGACUCCCGAGCUUAUGUGAAGAGUUUUUAUUCCUGCUCCAGUGGUCACGCUGACGAGAAGAAUUACCUUACUUUCGUUUUGAGAUGCCUCAGCAGAGUUUUCUCGGCGGGUAAGCGGUCCCUAUCAAUCGAGUCGCUAAGUCUGACUGUUCUAUUUUUCCUAAAUAAUUUUGACACAGAUGUUUGUUUUAAAGGAGAACAUAAAGGCAAGCGGCUGAUAGAUGUGGGCAGUGGACCAUCUAUCCACAGCGUCUUGAGUGCGUGCGAACAUUAUGAUGAGAUUGUGCUGUCCGAUUUUGCAAAUAACAAUCGUAGAGAAAUUGAAAAAUGGCUGAAAAAUCAAGAAGGGAGUUUAGAUUGGAAACCUAUAUUGCAGUACGUUUGUGAACUGGAGGGGAAAAGCCUGUCUGAUUUGGAGGCCACACUGAAGCAACGAGUCAAGAAAGUUUUAAAAUGUGAUGUCCGGUUGGAGAAUCCAUUUUAUCCACACACACUGGAACCAGCUGACUGUGUCAUUACAUCUCUGUGUCUGGAAGCAGCGUGUAAAGACAUUCAAACAUACUGUCGUGCUUUACAUGGGCUGACCGAACUUCUGCGUCCUGGUGGACUUUUGGUCAUGAUAGGUGUUCUGGGUGAGAGCUUCUACAAGGUGGAUGAACAACUCUUUUCUUGUCUUAGACUGAGUCGGGAUGGUAUUGAGGAAGCGCUCAGAGGUUUAGGCCUCUCAAUCCAGGAGUUUAAUAUACUGCCUGCAGAAGACAGAGAGAACAACUCUGUGUCUGACUUUGAGGCCAUUUUUCAUCUUGUAGCUAGAAAACCCUCUGAGUGAAAGCUAAUGCACACCAAAAUAAUCCCUUUUUAUAGCCCAGGAUUUUUCUGCUUAUUAAUAAAUCCACUGUAGAAGAUUUGGCAUUUUAGAUGAGCAUGGAAUGCAUAACUCUUGAAACUUUAAAUGUGUUUCAUAAUGUAAGGAUUUUUUAAAAAAAGGUUAUUUUGGUUCAAAUGUUCACUUUUUUAAAAUACGAUUUUUGAAUUAAUAAACAUUACUAUGAAAUCUAUUUCAUUAUUUCCAUUCUUUACACAAAAAAUACAAAAGAGAGUUUUGUCUGUGCACUUGGGGAAUAUUUCAUCCAAACAUUCCUCACUAUGAACCAUUUUAAUAUCUGCAAAGCCACACAACAUAUACGUGAAACAAAAGAAAUAAACCAAGACCAAGCUUGUAUAGUAUUGUACAGUAUGACUCCAUGUCAUGAAAUCUGUUUUAUAUCGAAGUAAGUGUUUCAAAUGGAAAAUUAAAACAAAUGAACUGCAAAUGAUUGGUUCUUGCUCUGUAGCACAAAUCUGUGACUCUCAUAAGACUUCCACACAAAUGCUUAGUCAUUCAUUGAUUAUAAUACUUUAUGGCCUGCUUGUCCCCAUGA